AUGCCGGAGAUUAGGACGCCGUUCUUUCUGACGGUGCGAGGAGGCGAGCAGUUGCACCUACGGGGGAAACCGUCUGAGCCACAAUCCCUUGCGUUUGUCAGUGCGCUAACAACACUUGUGUUCACGCGGCGUCUAGGGAAAACUACAUCGACCCCAGUGACUGUGUCGCUAGUUGCGCUCUGCGACACGACUGGCACGGGUACGGGUCAUGACAACUCCUUUACCAUAGCCAGCCACCAGUUUGUCGCAUCGGUAUCUGCCAGGGAAGGUGAUGAUGGAGCGGAGGAGGCAGCUGUGGUUUUGCUUCGCUCACCCAUUGUUCUGACAUCCUCUGGACCUGUUCACGCGCUGGAGGUGCGGUGUGCAGAGACGAAGUGUCAGGAUCUCACACGGGGCAAACUCGCAGACGCCGCAGUCUACGCGGUCACCAUGCAUGGAAUGCAGCAGACCACGCUGACGAAGGCGCAGGUGAAAUUGCUUUCUGCUGCGGGUAAAGGGAUGAGACUGAAAUGA